AUGGAACAGAUUGAGUGUAUCAGAGCCACACUCAACAGAGUUAACUUCAGCGAUGAUUCGUUGGUUCGUGCGGGUAAGCUAAGUAUAAUACAAGGAUGCGCAUUGGAUCGCCUCAACAACACAAUACCAUGGGCCUUUCCCUUCUACAUCAGAGCACUUGAUAGAACUCGCAAUGAUCUAGAGAGCAAGAGAGACUCCCAAGGCAUUGCUGCUGUUGAUGAAGCUAAGAAAGCACUGGAGGUCCUAUUGGAUCAUAUAAAGCACCAAAUUCCUUGUCUCACUGAAAAAGGUGAUGAGCGCUGGGAUUUUGAAUACAUCUCCAGAACCCUUCCUAACUACUUCCAGAAAGUUGAUGAUCUGAAAGGAAACUACUAA